AACUUCAGAGAUGCCUUCCAACACUUCCCUCAAACAGCUAAAAUGACUCUUGACCAGCUUUUGAGCAUUAGUUGUGACCCCCUCAAUGUCAAAGGUUACUUUGAUGCAUGCACUCCAUUCCACCUGAGUGGUGUAGCCCAGCCAUUCUGGCAUGAUUGGUCACUUGCAGAUCUGCAUGUAUUUUUCACUCCUGAACCCCUGCAUCACUGGCAUCAUGAGUUCUAUGAUCACGAUGUUAAGUGGUGUCUCGCAGCUGUUGGUGAACAGGAACUAGACUUUUGCUUCUCUGUUUUGCAACCACUCACAACAUUCUGA